AGUAGCUGAGACACUGAUAGCGAAUUUGCGAUCCCUUGAUUGAUUAGUAAAUCAGUGAGAUACUGAAAAUAUAGCAACAUGAGUGAAACAACUGUGAUGUCGGUUAAUCGACCCUUCAAGAUUUACGGACAACUUGUUAUUGGUCCGCCGGGAAGUGGGAAAACCACAUACUGUAACCGAAUGGGCCAAUUUUUAUGUCAACAAUAUGGAAAGUCUAACGUAAAGCGAGUUAAUCUCGACCCUGGAAAUGAUUUACUGCCGUACAAGGUGGACUUGGAUGUUAGUCAACUCGUAACUGUGGAAGACGUAAUGGAAAGAAUGAAUCUUGGACCCAACGCAUCUCUAAUUUAUGCUAUGCAAUUUAUCAAUGACAACUUUGAGGAAUGUGUGAUAAAUGCCAUCAAAAAAGAAUUUGAACUAGCUGAUUACAAACAGCCUUGUUGGGUUCUUUUCGACAUGCCUGGACAGAUUGAGCUUUAUACUCAUGUUGAGGCUGUAAAAAGCAUGGUGAAAAAGCUGGAAAAACAAAUGACUCUUUGCACUUUAAACUUAAUGGAUUCCCAUUAUUGUUCUGAUCCAGGAAAAUAUAUUUCGUGCCUUUUAACAUGUUUAACUACGAUGCUUCAUAUCAGCACUCCUCAUCUCAAUGUAUUAACAAAAGUUGACCUGGCUGAAAAAUAUGGAAGACUUCCCUUCAAUUUGGAUUACUACACGGAUGUGUUGGAUCUUUCGUACAUUGUGAAUUCACUUGAAGAAGAUGAGCGCAUGAAAAAGUACCACGCCUUGAACGUAUCAAUUGCAGAGGUUAUAGAAAAUUAUAGUCUGGUGUCUUUUCACCCAUUGGAUGUGGAGAACGAUGACCUUGUAAACCGGUUGGCUAAAGUUGUCGACAAGGCUGUUGGAAGGAUUUGGUCAAUUUAACAAGAUAUGUAUUUCUGUUUAAUAAUUUGUUUCUAUUUUCUCUUUAAGUAAUUGGUCCAAUAAAUAAAGGGUUAUUUAUAUAAAGACGUUUACAAGUA